CGACAGCAAGCAAAAUGGCCGCAACUCAUUGUGAUACGGCAGACGUGUUGGAAAUUUUGCGUGAUGUCGUGUUUCUUUCGUAAAUAAACAUAACUGUUCAAGUGUCGCGUCCCCCUUUAGUGCUCAGUGUUAGUGCAUGCCGUGUUUAUCCAAGUGAUCACUUUGUGAUUAAACAUAUAAUCUAAAAAGUGUUUUGUCUGUGUUUUGUGCCUUGUUUUCGUCAAUAAACUUACCCUGACAUCUGUUUUGGAUUUAUGUUCACUUGAUUUCGGUGAUGCUGGGCGGGGCGGGGUCGCCGGGCGGCGACGACUUGCUGACCGUCACCGUCGUCCGCGAUGAGCAUGGAUAUGGGAUGAAAGUCUCUGGAGACAAUCCCGUGUACGUACAAUCAGUGAAGGAGCACGGGGCCGCGUGGCGGGCUGGUCUCCGCGCCGGAGACAGGAUCCUGCGCGUCGACUCCGUGCCGGUACAUCACCACACGCACCAGCAGGUCGUGCAUAUGAUACGAGCAAACCCAACGACGGUGUUGACAGUCCAACAGAACACUUCAAGACAUAAAACGCCCAUCACCGCUCCAGUGCCUGUCAAUUCGGAGAAGCAGCGUCAGUUGGAAGUAUCCAAAGUGCACACAGUUCGGUUGAUGCUGGAGAAAGAACAGAAGUUUAUCAGAGACCUUAGAAAUGAACUCCUAAAAGUCCCAGACGUGCGAAAACAGUCACAACUCGAAUCAGCAGAGCAAAGGUGUUCCAAACUUCAACAUGAGAUCGAUUCCAUCAUGGCGGGCCAGCCCGACUCGCCGUCCACACCCCGAGCCCGGACACACGACAAGCCCGCCGCCGGCUUCCUGUCCGGCCUGCCGCGGUCCCUGUCCAACCUCACCGGACAGAGCCUGCGCAACCUGCGCCAGGCUCGCGCCAAGGAAACUCCACUCAUACGGCAGAACUCCGACGAGACUAAACGCCAUAAUAAUACCGUACCAUUGGUGCCGACCACGUGUCUGGACAAUGUGGCCCCUCCGCCGCUGCCGCCGCGGACCGCCCACCCGCAUCGCUCACCACCACCGCUGGCUCAGCCCAAGCCUGCCACAGCAUAUAGACAGCACAUGCAUCACUCGCUGUCAUACGACAAGCAGCUGCGACGGUCUUCUCACUCGUUGGAUGGCGAGCUGGAUGGGCCGCAGCCGAAUUCGAUAGCGAUGCAAAUGAGUUACCCGCUGGUCAAUGUGCCGCCACCGCCGUUACAGACGGACAACAGGACGGGUGUGCCAGUCUUACAUAUGAGGAGUAGGUCCUCACCUGAACAAUUGGACCAUGAUAUGAGUAGAUCGAGCCUUGGAGCAUCGCCGCUGGGAGGUGCUCGGCAGUGCUCGCCCGCGUCGGAGCGGCACACGCCGCCGCCCGGCACCCCGCCGCCGCCGUACCAUACCAACACGCAGCCCUGCUCUGAUCCACAAAGAGCAAUCAUUUCAAUGGAAGAAGACGAUUCACCCGCGUCGGACACAUCCACGAACUCAGGUUUAUUUUCAAACCUGCGCUCGGUACGGGAGUCCAAGGCGAGGACGGCGGUGUUACUCAACUGGCUGCUAGGGGAGAGACGAUGUGCGUGUGCCUGCCUGCUACUAGUGCUGACGGACGGGUACCGCAGCGCGGGCGGCGUGCAGCCGCACACGCUGCGCCGCUGGGCCUACGAGAUACACUCCACAUUCCUCGUGCCUAAUGCUGUUUUACAGCUGAGCGGUGUAGAUGAGAACAUGGCGAAUGAAAUAGAACAUGUUUUAGUUAAUGAAUUCGACAAAGAAGAACUCCUGCGCAACGUAUUCCGCAAGGCCCGACAGAAGGCCAAGGACGAGUUGAGCCAGCAGCUGACAGAGUUCCAGGUGAAGCGGCAGGUGGGGCUCGGCACUCUGUACGGGCCCGACGACUGCGUUAUCGACAAGUGUGACGUCGAUAAGGCACAGGAGCUGAUAGUAGUAGAGCAGCUAAUGUGCGGACAGCUCCGCGCCGCGUGUGGGUCGGGCGCGGCCGGCAGCGCGCGCGCGGCGCACGAUACUCACGCCACGCUCAUCGCUGCGCUCAUUGCUGCUGCGCUGUGUCUGCACUGCAGGCCUGCCUCAGUGGCGGCGGCGGUGGGCGGCUCGCGCGCCUCUUUCCUGCAGCGAGACAAAUUGUACAAGCAACGAGUCAAACAGAUUACCAAGCAACAUCCGCAGCCUUUCGUGGUCCGCGGUCACCACCUGCAGUUGCAGGCGUUAACGUCGGUGGCUCACUGUCACCACUGCGACAAUAUUAUAUGGGGACUCGCGCCACAAGCCUACGUGUGUACAGACUGCAAGCUCCGAGUACACCGUGGCUGCGCUCGUGACGUGGAGGAAGGGUGCUGCCUCGACGGGGAACACCACAACAACCGCAUCUCGCGCUUCAUCGAGCGCAUCCACGCCAACAACACGCCCAACAACAUUGACUCGAAUGACAAGAAAUCAAGAAAGGCGUCGGGUCCCGCGCAUUUUCUCAACAUGGAGCGAAGUUUUCGAAAAGCAGAAGACGACCCGCCCUGGGACCAGACGCUCACACCUUCUGUUAUAGGAGAAUCUCGACGCGAAGGCUCGACGGACGAACCGACGGCGCCCGACGCUGAUGUGGACACCAGCGAUGCAAACACCAAGGAACCUGACAAGGAUAAUAAUUGGCGCCCCUCGACGACAGGGGGCGGUCGCGGUGUGAACCGUGCGGAGAGCUGUCGCGAGCGCGACGCGCCCCGACGCGGCAAGCAUCGCAACGCCAGCGAUCCCAAUCGACUUACCGCGCAUAAUAACCAUGACCUGGAGCCUGGUGCGGCGACUGCCCCCUCCGGCAGCUCGAGCAGUUCCAGCUUGUCUUCUCGGAGCAACGAGAGCAACACCGUCGCUGCUGAGCAGCAAGCCUCCCAAUCCGACUGGUCGGAGGAGGAAGAGCCGCUGGCGGCGCAGUGGGCCGACAGCCUGCCACCGCACGUGCUCGACUCGCUCGACCUCUCCGCCACGCUGCGCAAGCGCCAGGAGGUUAUACACGAACUGAUCGUAUCAGAAGGAUCUCACGUGCGCUGGCUGAGGGUACUAGGAGUCGUCUUCCUCCGUCCCUUGGAGAGACACUCGUCCCUCCUCGCGGGUGACGAGCUAAAGGCGCUGUUCCCCAACCUCCCCGCGGUCAGGGAGCGACACUCCCGACUCUACUCCGAUCUUCGGACGGCGAGGAAUGACGCGGGCAACCAUGUCGUCCAGAUACGGCCCAUUGCUGAUGCGUUGUUGAAUACCCUCGGUGAAUCCGGCUACUCCUCCUGCGUGUCGCGGUUCUGCCGCGGACAGCGCAUGGCACUAGACGCGCUGCGCGAGCGACGCCGCAAGAGCAAGGAGCUGCAUCAGUUCCUGGCGGCGCGAGAGCAGCAGCCGCUCUGUGGCCGGCUGCAGCUCAAGGACAUGCUGGCUUGCGUGUGGCAGAGGUUAACGAAAUACACGCUGCUCCUCGAAGGUAUACUGAAGACAGUGAGCAGCGACUGCGAUAGCGAGGAGGACGUCGCCGUCCUGCGCAGAGCACACGACGUCGCCAGGGACGUGCUGCAACGCGUCGACACCGCCAUCAGGACUGCCGAGAAUGAACACAGAUUACGCACAAUCCAGAGCAAGCUGGAGGUCCGAGCGCCGGCGUCGGGCGAGUGGGAGGAGCUGCGGCGCCUGGACCUGGCCGCGCACGCGCUGCGCACGGAGGGCGAGCUCACGCUCCGCCACGACUCCUCCAAGCGGAUCAGUGUGCUCGCCCUGAUGCUAGACGACAGCCUGGUGUUACUGCAGAGAGAAGGCGACAAGUUCCUGCUCAAACCAUUCCCACAUCCCAGCCAGUCGCUCAUGCUAUCACCUCUAAUUAAAUGGGACAGGGUGCUGUUUCGUCCGAACGCGGCGGUGCGCAACACGUUCUUCCUGAUGAACAUCAACGGCGUUCAGAUGCAUGAACUGUCGGCUAACAGUGUGCCUGAGUAUACUUCCUGGGUGAAGCACAUCCAGGAGGCGCCGCUGGCGAAGCUGACGGAGCUGAAGUCCACCAUCACGCCCGCGCAUGCGCACUCACGCUCCAACGACGACUCUGGCGUAAACGUCUCCCGCAACCCAUCAGACGCUUCAGAAAAAUCAUCAUCAACUGUCCCCGGUGACGACACGACAGACACGGAGAAGGAGCGAGAGAGGACGUCAGCGGAGCGCGCCUCUCUCGACCGCGAGGAUAAGAGGACGGACGAGGAGAAGCGGACGGACAGAGAGGACAGGAGCUCCGCUGAUAAGGAGACGGAGGAUAAGGAUGAUAAGCAUAAACCGCGUCGCCCGACGGUGGGGCGCAUCAGCACGCACGGCGCGGCGCCCUGCGCGCUGGAGCCGCCGCACGCCAUACUCGUGCGCGAGCCCGCCGCCGCCGACACCGCGCUCGUCGCCUACACCGACCAGGAGCGUCUCCGUCGCCUAGACGACGUGAUCUCCCGCGCCCUCCGCGCGAAGUGCGCAGUAGUGGGCGCGGCGCUGGGAGUGCCGCCCGCGGAGCACGCGCAGCUUGCCGAGCUAGCUGUGGCUGACGCGCUCGGCGAUGUCGAUGUGUGCAGCGAGCUCCGACAGUCGCGACCGAACCUGUCUCGCAGCAGCAGCGCGGACGAGGAGUCAGGACCCGACCUGCAUCAGCUGUUACUUGCUGCACAUGCACAAGCGACGGCACUAACGCGUUCACUACAGCGUGCACUACAAGUGUCGGAGGCGGACGCCGUCGCCGCGCGAGCCGGCCGAUGCGACAGCUGUCGCGUCAAGCAGAGAGUCAGGACGCAUGAGUCAUUCGAGCUGGUGGGCUGUGGGGAGCUGGACGUGAGCGGCGCGGAGAGCACUGAGACGCUGGAGCGAGACGUGGCGGCCGCCGAGCGCGAGCUGCGGCCCGCGCAUAGCGGCCACGCCGUCUGCGACGACAGCUUGGAGGAUGCACUAGAGUGCGGCGGGUCAGCAGCCCUGCUAGCGACGCGGCUGGCGCCGCUGGCGGGCGGGCUGGCGGCGGCGUUGCGGCGCGCGCUGGCGGCGGCGCCGCGCGCGCAGGCCGAGCGCGCCGCGCGGGAGCAGCUCGCCGCGCUGCGGGAGCAGAACGACGCGCUCAGGGCACUGGCGCUAGCGGAUCACACGACGGAGGAAAUCGCUCUCCCAAAGACAGGACUGGAUUCGUCUAUACAGGAGCAACCGAGCAAUGGCGGGUGAUCCCGGGGCCGCGACUAUUGAAGAUAAAUAAUUAAUGCCGACGUCACUCCGUGGCACUACUAACUCUGGCUGGCCCACGAACGAAACACGACUAACCAACCUAACAAACUUCACCAAAAACGGCUCAGCCGUUCCCGACGAUGUCGCAAAUAACAACAUAUUUUUGUAACCGUAUCUCCGUUUGUAACCAGCACGAACUUUGUAUAUUUUGUAUGUAAUAAUAAAUAUUAUUAUAUAUUGUUUUUUGUUACGAUUGUAAGUACUGCAUUAAAUUAGUAUUAUAAAGAUGAUUAUUCCAUACGUAAGAACUAUUGUGAUUGACUAGCUGAAGUUAAUAUUAUUGUCUGUCAUGUCGAUGUUACAAAGAUUAAGUUAUACCUUAGCUGUCGAUGUAAAUAAUCUUGUGGUUCUAGUAUAUAAGUGACAACAAUAAUGUAUGAAUUAUUAUAUAUGAUUUUGUGUAUA